CUUUGUAAAGUCCAGAUUUGGAGUGAAGCAGCACUUGUUGACGCUGCUCCUUUAAGACAGCCACCAGGGUCGGGUUGCGCCAUGCGUUGUUACAGUAGAGGGCGUGUCCUCCUCCACACACUGUCCAUGUGAACACUCCACUAUGUUUCUUUUCACAGAUACAACUAUAUCAAAGAAGACUACGCUGUACUCUUUUUGACACUUUUUAAAGGUAAUGAGCACAUAACUCGGACGUUUUUUUUGUAAGCCGUAAAGGGGCGGGGAAGGGAGGGUGUCCGGGACGGCCGAACCCGUCGACUUGACGCAUUUACCGGACACUGGAGGAGUCACCGACUCGGCUGAAUCACUCCCGCUUUUUUUGUGUUGCUCAAGUCCGAACAUGCUGCAGGAUGGCGACGGGAAGGAGAAGCCGCUGCGAGCGCCUCUUGCCGAAGCCGAGCACGAAUCGCCGCUGACUGACCCGAAGCAACAGCCGACUGCGACCGCUGCCGCUUCGGCCCCCGAGGAGAGCCACUUCCCUUUGCCCGGCAUCACCAAAGUGGACAUCAAGAGACACUCCGUGACGGACGACUACAAAAUAUCCAGUCAGGUUCUGGGUUUGGGCAUUAAUGGCAAAGUUCUGCAGUGUUUCAACAGGAAGACUGGAGAGAAGUGCGCUCUCAAGAUCCUCUAUGACAGCCCCAAAGCGAAGCGAGAAGUGGAGCUUCACUGGCGGGUCUCUGGCGGGCCGCACAUUGUUCCAAUUCUCAACCUGUAUGAAAACAUGCAUCAGGGGAAAAAGUGCCUGCUCAUAAUCAUGGAAUGUAUGGAGGGUGGAGAGCUGUUCAGCAGGAUCCAGGCCAGAGGGGACCAAGCUUUCACAGAGAAAGAGGCGUCAGAGAUUAUGAGAGACAUCGGCUCAGCCAUCGAGUUUCUGCACAAUAUUAACAUUGCCCACAGAGACAUCAAGCCUGAAAACCUGCUGUACACCUCCAAGCACAAAAACGCAAUCCUCAAACUAACAGACUUUGGCUUCGCAAAGGAAACCUCACAACACAACCCUUUACAGACCCCUUGCUACACACCUUACUACGUGGCACCGGAGGUUUUGGGUCCGGAGAAAUACGACAAGUCAUGUGACAUGUGGUCUCUGGGCGUCAUCAUGUACAUCGUGUUGUGCGGGUUCCCCCCAUUUUACUCCAACACGGGUCAGGCUAUUUCACCGGGAAUGAAGAGGAGAAUCAGGAUGGGCCAAUAUGAGUUUCCCAAACCAGAGUGGGCUGACGUGUCUCAGGAAGGUAAAGACUUGAUUAACCAGCUGCUGAAGACGGACCCCAAUGAGAGAAUGACCAUCACCCAGUUUAUGAAUCACCCUUGGAUUAGUCAGUCCAUGGCGGUUCCCUCCACGCCGCUCCACACCACCCGGGUGCUGACUGAGGACAGAGAGAUGUGGGAGGACGUCAAGGAGGAGAUGACCAGCGCCUUGGCCACCAUGCGCGUGGACUACGACCAGGUGAAGAUCAAGGACCUGGACACCUCCAGCAACCCGCUCCUCAACAAGAGGCGCAAGAAAGCUGCGGCGGGGGCCAAGAGCAGCGGCACGGCCUGUCAAAGUCAGUGACAACCUUCCAUUCUACACCCGUGGGUGCUCUCGCCGUGAAGGCAAAGCUUUGGACGGUUUAAGUGGAUAAAUAGACAACAUUAAAAUCUUGACAGACUUUUUACACAGCCUCGUGUUUCUAGGAGGUUUUUUAAAUGACAUUUGUAGACUCAGAUAUAUGACAUGCUAGGUUUGAUACAGUAUUUGAAGUUUGCACUGACCUGGUGUGGCCAACACACCAACUGUGGACAGACUGUGAAAGUGGAGAUUUCCAGCCGCUGUUUAUUGUCAGCAUUCACACGACUCUGGUGUGAUUUACUCUUCAACCUUGAGAGUAUUUUUAAUUGAAAAUAAAACGGCCAAUCAAUA